ACAUACCGUUGGGAGCUCCAUCUCUUCUCUUGCUCGAUCUGCUCUCUCCAGAUCAUGACUGGCAAUGCAUCAGCCAAUGAAAACUCGCACCUGGCCCCGGAAGGUGUCGGAGCUGACUAUGGGAAGGACGUGAGGAAUGCUUUUAUGACAGGAGACCAACAGGCAUCCAGGCUCCUUCACGAUGCACGCGCAGGCCAGGCCCACGAUGAAGCGCACAGUGAAAAGGGAGACUAUCUCAAGGCGAUGGUGUUUGGCGGUCUCGAUGGCAUCUUGACAAGCUUCGCUAUCGUCGCGGGCGCGGCAGGAGGACAUCUCCCGGUAGCUGUGGUUCUGGUGCUAGGAUUCAGCAACAUAUUCGCAGAUGCACUGAGUAUGGGUGUUGGCGAGUACCUCAGCAGCAAGGCCCACAAUGAGUACGUCAUGGCAGAAAAGAGACGGGAAGAAUGGGAGCUGAAGAAUCACCGGGAAGGAGAAAUAUUGGAGAUGGUCGAGAUAUUCGAGGAACGAGGGAUGAGCCGACAAGAUGCGGAGGACGUGAUCGGGAAAAUGGCGAAGUACGAUGACUUUUUUGUCAAUCUUAUGAUGAACGAGGAACUUGGUCUACAGGUACCGACGGGUGACGAUGACGACACAGUCAAGGAGGGCUUCGUCAUGUUCCUUUCCUUCGCGUUUUUCGGUGCUAUGCCUCUUCUGGGGUAUGUCAUCGUACCGUUGAUCAAGCCUGAUUCGUCACCAGCGAUUCUGUUUUUCGUUGCGUGCUUGGUGACUGCGGCCAGCUUGUUCGGCAUGGGCGCAAUCAAGAGUCAAUUCGGCACCCGGCACUGGUGCACCUCCGGCACAGAAAUGCUCUUCCUAGGAGGAUCGUGCGCUGCGCUGGCUUUCGAAAUAGGAAAGGCGGUGGACGGGCUCAUCGGCCAAAAUCACGGCUAAUUGCGCGCGGCCGUGCACUGCUGUGCGGCGUACGUUGGUGUAGAUGGGAGUAUUUUACGCACAGCGUGCGAGGCUUACGUUGUUGGCUAUGAAGCUACGCGUUUUUAUGCCGGUGCGCUGAGUAGAAGUUGAACACACGUCGUUCGAGCACGUCGUGCUACAGCAGCUAGCCCGGAAGCGGGUAUUGAUUCCAGGGUCGUAACCGCUCGCUCUUGGGGGAAAGCAAUAUCACAAUCGCGAAAGCGUUCUAUUCAUGAUGUGCCUGGGCUAUCUGCCUAGCUACCGAUAUCACUCCGUGCCUGCAGACUCUCCUCCUUGUGAGCUGCCGUCGUCGCGAUGUUCUGAGCCUCCGCCCCGACUUCUUCUACGACUACCACUGGGCAAAAGGACGCUGCCUCAUCCUUUUGCACGAUUUCGUGCAGGCAUAGUUUCGUGAGGCGCGCCCUUAUUCUUUGGAUGAGUGUGCCUAGCUGCUCGUCCUCCGCUUUGUCCUCCAGCUCCCAACGACGCGAGUGGAACACGAACAAUGCCAGGACAGCUGGCAGAUGCCACAGCGACGCCUUGAAGACUCCUCUGGCGUUUGCAUUGGAUUUGUCCCCAUCAAAUCGGUAGGCGUGGUAGAGGAGGUACGCAUUGAAAGCUGUGCCCUCUACCGCGAACAUCCAGCUCGUAGCAUCCAGAGCGGCUGCUGCUAACGGAAUGGGCACAAGGUACCAAGAGUACCGUGUCACGAGGCUUGCUGUUCUACUCCCUGUUGGAUCGGCGCAUGGGACCAUCGCGAAGCCCCCUCUGGCGUAGUCCUCACGGUGAAGCCAGGCAAGAGAGAAGAAGUGCGGAAAUUGCCACAUGAAAAGGUACGUGGCCAACAACAGCGGCUCCACGGCGACCAAUUCGCCUGUGGCGGCUGCCCACCCCAUCAAAGGCGGCACGGCGCCAACA